AAGAACCGACAAAUCAAAGUCUCGUCUUUCUUGAGAAAGAAUCAAAAUCUAAAAUGAUGGACGAAACUGCCGCCGAUUUGACGCCAAAUUCUCCGGCGACAGCUUUCACACGGUGGAGUUACACUGCGUCCCAGCGUUUCCAACACUUCCUCGACAAGUCCAAUCCUCACGUUCUGUACCGAUGGAUGGCAUUCGCGCUCAUCGCAUCCAUUUACAUCAUCCGAGUUUACUUUCUCGAGGGUUUCUACGUUGUUUCAUAUGCUUUGGGAAUCUACAUCCUUAGCCUCCUCAUAGGAUUUCUCUCCCCUCAGGUCGACCCCGACUCCGACGGCCCCAGCCUCCCUACACUCGGCUCAGACGAAUUCCGCCCUUUUGUUCGCCGCCUUCCGGAGUUUAAGUUCUGGUACUCUAUCAUGAAGGCAUUCUGCAUUGCUUUCGUGAUGACAUUCUUCAUAAUAUUUGAUGUUCCUGUCUUUUGGCCCAUAUUACUUUUCUACUGGGUGGUACUCUUCACUCUCACCAUGAAGCGACAGAUACUACAUAUGAUUAAGCACAAAUAUAUCCCAUUUUCCUUUGGAAAAAAGUAACUGUCUUUAUUGUUUUCAGAGAUAUGACCAAAAGCGAGAAGCAUCAAGUGAGAGCGCUGUUCUCCUUCCUCGCAAUUAAAUCUUUAAGGUAAUGGUUGCGCUUAAACUCAACUCCAGACUUCAGAAGUAGUUGAAUUCCAAUUCUGUAGUUUCGCAGUAUGUAUGCCUUCCCUAUCCCUGUCUGCUUUAAAUGGCUAAUAGGGAAGGAAUAAUAAUCACUUAUUCUAUAAUACCCUUUGUUCAUAAAUAAAAACAAAAUCUAUGAGAUUAGGAGAAGAAAAACAAAAUUAUCAUGCAUUUUUCCUAAAGAGCAAUUAAGAUUUGCAUAGAAUUAUUGGGUUUUUAUUGUAACUGUGUUAUGUGAAUUGUCCUUAAAAUAAAGCUAAUGACUA